AUGGGCGGGUUUAGCUCAAGAUACUGCUUGUAUCUCUUCUCGAACAUCUCGCGGGUGUCCCCCUCGCGCCCUUCGUUCCGGGCAAGCACGCUCUCCUUGGCCACUUCCUUGGGGCAUUGGAAGAAGAGCACGAGCAUCCCCUCCUUCUCCCUGUCCUCCCGGCCACCCUUUCUCAAGCGCGAGCUGCGUCUCGAUUCCGUCUCCAUCGUGACCAACGGCAGUAAACUCACGGAAUCCUUCCUGCGCGAGCACGGCGCCAAUCUCGACAUCCUCGCAGUGAGCUGCGACUCGUUCGACGAGAAAACGAAUAUCGCCAUCGGCCGCGGUAGCGGCAACCAGGUGGCAAAGCUGUAUGAAAUCGCGGCGUGGUACCGCGAGUAUAGCGUGCUGUUCAAGCUCAACACGGUCGUCAACAGGUUGAAUGUGGGCGAGGCCAUGAACGCGCAUAUAGCUGCGCUGCGACCGUUUCGGUGGAAGUGCUUUCAGGUGCUGAUUGUGCGCGGGGAGAACGACUCGGCGGAGACGUUGCGCAACGCGCACACGUUCACUAUUUCGGACGCCGAGUUCGAGGCGUUUUGCGAGCGGCACCGCGGCCAGGCGUGUUUGGGGCUGGAGCCGAAUCGGCUCAUGGCGAGGAGCUAUUUGAUUCUGGAUGAGUACCUGCGGUUCUUGGACCGUAUAGGCAAGCAGCCUUCUAAGCCCGUCUUGGAGGUUGGGGUUGAGAAGGCGUUGGAGAGCGUGUACUGGGAUGAGGAUGCGUUUGUCGAGAGGGGAGGGCUGUAUGACUGGGCCAAACCGGAGGGGGAGAAGGAGGGUUGUGGCGGUGCGAAGGAGUUGGACUGGUAG